AUGACGACGACGAGCAGGCUCAACGUCCAGAGCUUCCCGCGGCCGCCGCUGCUGGAAAAGACGUCGCGACACCUUCGCAUCACAUAUCAGGGCCAAGAGGUGGCCGAUACCAGAGACGGCUACUGGGUGCUCGAGACGCAUCACCCACCGACAUACUACCUCCCGCCGUCGUCGGUCAGGCCGGCCCUGACACGCACCGGGCGCUCGACGGGGUGCGAGUGGAAGGGCGCGGCGACGUACUGGCUGGUGGCGCUGGGGGACGUGGUGGUGGCGGACCGCAUCUGGUCGUACGAGGAGCCGACGGCGGGCUUUGCGCCGUUGCGCGGCUACCUGUCCUUUUACGCUGGGCCGCCGUGGGAGUGCUUCGUCGACGGCGAGAGGGUCGAGGCGCAGCCGGGUGAUUUCUACGGCGGAUGGGUCACGUCUGAUAUCGAGGGCAUCGUCAAGGGCAGGCGAGGGAACGUUGACCCUGUGGUGUGA